GUAACGGUAGCCGAUCCACAACAGUUCUUUCCUCUCUCAAGUUUUCUUAGAGCACAAAAGCAUUCGUGUUUCGUUUUCGUAACGAAUAGGUAUGUACACCUGCUGCCUUGUUGCAGUACUCUCUUUUUCUGUUGGAAUAUUCAAUCACGCCACCGUAUGAAUAAGAUAUUCCCUGCGAACUAAAUUCUUAGUAAAACUACCUUAAUUUAACCAAACCUUCAUAUUUAUUGAUGGUGAAGUAAUGGAAAAGCCUGAUAUGAUGGAAGCCUCUUCAUCUAAUAGCACGGCAUGGAGACAGAAGAAGUUAGAUCAGCAGCGCCAAUUGGUGGAGCAAAGACAAAAAGCAAAACGUCAGCAGCCAGCACUGAUUCAUGCAUCACAGCUCCGGCCUCUAUCCAGCAGAUCUGCAAGAUCUGGAAAAUCAAAUACAGAUAUUGAUGAUCACAAUUCAAGUGUAUUAACUGCCGUCCAAGUGCUACCUGUUGUUGGUCAGUCAUCAGAUUAUGAUGAUGAUCAGACAACUGCGGUACCACCCAUGGAUUCUAACAAAUUAGCUAGCCAAUUUCGAAGUUUUAGUUUAUCACCUGUUUCAGCCGACAUUUCAGAGCCUGAAACUGAAACAGAAGAGGACCAAGAAUCUAGACCUUACCUUCGUAAGGAACCACACAAAGAGAAAAAACGACCACGUCCGCUUUCUACGCCCAUUGAAAGCAACAAUUCUCCAUCUCAUGAUCAUUUAAAUUAUAGACAAGGCUCCGGCAUUAUAAGUGGAUCUUCACAACUUAACGAUAUUCAGGAGAAUUUGGACCAAUUUGUUUUCAAGGCUGCUCCCAAAGAAUCUCAGAUGAAAUGCCGCAUUACUCGUGAUCGGAAGGGAAUGGAUCGCGGGCUGUAUCCAACUUAUUUUCUACACCUUGAACGCGAAGAUGGCAAAAAGAUUUUUCUUCUUGCUGGACGGAAACGAAAGAAAAGCGCAACAAGCAAUUACAUAAUAUCGACAGAUCCAACCGAUCUCUCUCGUGGUGGAGAAGCGUUUGCAGCCAAACUUCGUUCAAAUGUUUUCGGCACUCAUUUCACCCUCUACGAUGACGGACACAAAUACAGUAGUCGCCAAGAACUUGCCGCAAUUAUCUAUGAUACUAACGUACUUGGAUUCAAGGGUCCAAGAAAAAUGACCAUUAUUAUUCCAGCUAUGUCCAUCGAGCAGCAGCGUGUUGAUAUUUGUCCUUCAGUAGAGCAUGAAGGGAUUAUUGAUCGGUGGAAGCGAAAGAUGAGUGAUGACCUUCUGCAGCUUCACAACAAAACCCCUGUAUGGAACGACGAUACUCAGUCAUAUGUGCUCAACUUUCAUGGACGAGUUACUCAGGCGUCGGUGAAGAAUUUCCAGCUGGUCCAUGAGGACGAUGCUGAUUACAUCGUAAUGCAAUUCGGUCGUGUGGCGGAAGACGUUUUUACCAUGGAUUUCCGCUAUCCAAUGUGCGCCGUGCAAGCCUUCGCCGUUGCACUGAGCAGUUUUGAUGGCAAACUGGCGUGCGAGUGAUCGUCAGAUUUAUCAUUUGUAUUGCGAAAAGAGAGAUCAGUGAUUUCAUUUUCCAAGUACAUUAAUUCUAGUCAUUAACCCAUUGUUGAAUUGAUGCACUUUUAUUUUUCCCCGCCUUGCACUUUCGACUUUUGACAAUCUUUUUGAAAGUAAUUAUAAUACAAAGGCAGAGCAAAUUGAA